GGAGAAAAAAGAAAUCAUAAAACCGGAGUAGCUAGUUUUCUCCUAUUUCAAAUCCAAGUAGUGCUCUGAGAGCUUAUAUGAAGCAGGUCGUUUGUGGAAACCCCGCUCAAAGCGAUCUCUCAAAAACAGGAGAAGAGAGAUCGGAAGACGUUAUUUCUUGGUAAGGUUGCUUGAGUUUCUUGGGAUCGCUUUCUGUGACCUAAAAGAUGCUUCCUCUUUCUCUACUUAAGACUGCACAGGGCCAUCCAAUGUUGGUGGAACUGAAAAAUGGGGAGACUUACAAUGGACAUUUGGUCAAUUGCGACACUUGGAUGAAUAUCCAUCUCCGUGAAGUCAUCUGUACCUCUAAGGAUGGAGAUAGGUUUUGGAGAAUGCCAGAAUGCUAUAUACGUGGAAAUACAAUUAAGUAUCUUCGAGUUCCUGAUGAGGUUAUUGAUAAAGUUCAGGAAGAAGCCAAGAGCCGCUCAGAUCGGAGGCCACCUGGGGUGGGGCGUGGAAGAGGAAGAGGUAGAGAGGAUGGUGGAAGGCCAGUAAAAGGCAUUGGGCGAGGCCUUGAUGAUGGAAGUGCUAAGGCUGCUGGAGGAGGCCGUGGCAGAGGUGGCUCAGGUGGAAAGACAGGUGGAAACAGAGGUGCAGGGCGGGGCAGGGGCUAAUGCAAGAGACUGUUUUCAGUGCUAGUCGCUACUUUUGGAGGCAUUUUAAUUAUUUUGGAAACUCUUUUUUUUUUUUUUUUUUUGUGUUCCAAAUAUAAUUAAUUUUACAAAAACUAGAAGGGGGUGUAUUGAAAUGCUAUCAUCUGUUGUUUC